CUAAGACAAAUAUCGCCAAUGAGCCAAUGAAAACCUCCACAGCUGCACAACACGCACAUCCACACGUGCGCAUUGGUCGGGCCAGCGUCCAGUGCGUUCCCAUCGCCAUCCUCUGCCUUACCGACGGAUAGAUCUCUGCUGUCUUCUGCUUAUGGGAUGGGACGGGCGGCAGCUGGGAAGGGAGAGAUGCGGGGUGAUAUAUGGCUGAAAAGUGGAAAGGGGUGAGUGAGGUGAUGCUGCUGCAACUGCCCGUCUUAGGAUACAGGGAAGAUAUCGAAAUGCCAUCCGCAGCAGCGGUUUCAGGGAGCACCCUAGGCGGCCUGGCCAUCAU